UUCAUAAACUCGGCUUAUGAGUUUAAAAAAUGCCUCAGAGACACUAAAGCUGGAUCCAGAUAAAAUAUGAUGUAACCAGGAGCUGAACUGCUAUAGUGUUUAAGUUGAAAGCUGAAAGACUUGUUUUGUGUGUGUUUGGGCAGGUUAGGUAGUAAUGAUUGUAUGAGGAAGUUACACAAGAAAUCAGAGAACCUCAACACCAAACAGGAGAAACAACUGCUUCUCUCCUCCCACAGUGGUUCAGAGAACAGUAACAAUUCAGCCACUGGUGCAUAGUAAGUCACAGGUGCACAGCCAGACCUGACAGAAUACAGGAGGAGGAGAGGUAUACCUCAACAGGGAGAUUAGGAGUCAGAUUUGGGUCGUUUGAUACUAAAAGAGGGAAAACCAUGAGCUACGCUGAUUGGAUGUCGCAACUGCCAGCUGAGCUUCACACCAUUCCUCUGUUUAAACUGGCCAUACCAGGAAGCCAUGACUCGAUGAGUUAUGACCUGGACGUUGACUCUAGAAUCAUCGAGCCCGAGAGACUGAGGAGGUUUAGCAGAAUCUACUUCCUGCGUAAAAUCAUCCACACUUGGGCAGCCACUCAGGAGGUGUGCAUAACCGAGCAGCUGAAUGCCGGUGCUCGCUACUUUGACCUUAGGAUUGCCCGCAAGCCAACCGACACAAAUCCCACCAGGCUUUUCUUUCACCACGGCCUGUACACCCGAACUGAUGUUGAGACUGUACUCAGGGAAAUAAACACGUGGGCAGAGAGUCAUCCUAAAGAAAUCGUCAUCUUGUCUUUAUCCCACUUUGAGGGGUUUGACAAAAACAUCUCCAAACAGCUUCACGACCACCUCAUCACCUUCAUGAAAAAUCUGUUUGGAAACAAACUCCUCCCGAAGACGAACUCUCCCACCCUGAAGAGCUGCUGGAAUCAAGGCAAAAACAUAAUAGUCUCAUACGACAACACACAAUUUCAACAGCCUGUGUUAUGGAGAAAAAUAACUUAUUACUAUGGCAACAGCAUGGACCGUGCGGUAAUUACAGCCAAACUCUGUCAGGCUUUGGAAAAGGAAAAAUCCUUCGAGUAUUUCUUUGUCUGUGGCUUGAAUCCGACCCUACCCCACGACACCGGAAUCCUCAGGUACAUCCUUCGCAUUUGUGACAACUUCACCAACGUUGUGCGACGGGGUCUGCCAAAGUUGCUACGGUGGGUGAACCAGCAAUACGACAAGACGCCAAUGAACAUCGUCGCCUCAGACGUGGUGACUCGAGAUGACUUCGUCGCAACGAUUGUGAAGCUCAACUUGAAACGGGCGAAAGGACGAUGAAAACGUGUUUACCUCUUUUAUUAAUUUAUUUUUUGUUAAAGAUACAUUUUUAUAUUUAUCAAGAAGACUUGAUAAAUAUUAGUCUUUAAUUUUAAAGACUUAUAUUUAAAUAUAAAUACACAAUAUUUUUAUUUAAAUAUAAAUAUAAAGUUAGCACUGGAUGCUUUACUUGUCUCCGUGCAUUGUUUUUUAUUCUUGAACGACAUAAAUACAGCAAUCUUUUGCAUAAAUUGGCAUCAGAUAGCAAAAUUUAAAUGUUAGAUUUAAUGCACAAUUGUCAUGUAAUUUCCAUAAUUAUCUUGAUUUUAUUUCUUUUUUUAAAAAGAGUUAACAGUUC